CCCGGCGUCACAGCAGCAAUUCGACUUCACCGACAACAACACUUUCUCGACGGCAAGAUGGGUAUCGACAUCGAGAAACACCACGUCAAGAAGGGCGCCAGGACCGCCCCCAAGAGCGAGGAUCCUUACCUCCUCCUCCUCGUCAAGCUCUACCGCUUCCUUGCCCGCAGGACCGACGCACGCUUCAACAAGGUCAUCCUCAAGCGCUUGUUUAUGAGCAAGAUCAACCGGCCUCCCAUCUCCAUCUCCAAGGUCCUCGCCGAGACGCACGGAGGCAAGACAGCUGAGGGGAAGGUGGUCGUGACCGUCGGUACCGUGACGGAUGAUGAGCGUCUUGUGGAAGUUCCUAAGCUCUCCAUCGCCGCUCUCCGCUUCUCGCGCAGCGCAAAGGAGCGCAUCCUCGCCGCAGGUGGGGAGUGCCUUACUCUCGACCAGCUCGCUCUUCGUGCCCCUACUGGCUCCAACACCGUCCUCCUCCGUGGCAAGAAGAAUGCACGCGAGGCAGUCAAGCACUUCGGCAUGGGUCCCCACCAGCACAAGAAGCCGUAUCUUACGUCCAAGGGCAGGAAGUUCGAGAGGGCGCGUGGAAGGAGAAAGUCCCGUGCCUUCAAGGUAUAAUGUGCUGUCGUUGGAUCCUGAGGGAGCGAGAGGGCAGUGUAUAUGGGCCGUCAGAAGUGCGUUUGGACAUAUAUCUUGUCCACAAAAUAUGGUGUAUGCCUUAUGUCGUCAUCUGCAAUGCCAUGCUCUGCAUACGAUAU